AAAAAAUUAUUUGCUCCGCCAACCAUGUCCUCCCCUUGGAAGUGUUUAAAAAUUUUAGUUUUCCUAAAUUUAUUCUUGAUUUGUGCCAUGGCCAAGGCCAAUGAUAAUGGCUUGAAAAUAAAUACCGAUUUAACAGCUGGCAUUAUCGGUGAUGUUAGCGCCGAUAACACGAAACAAAUUUUGGGUGAUUCCAUUAACCCCCCAACAAAUCACAGCCAACAUGUUGCAGUUGCCAGCAAACCGACUGUGGCUGUGCAACCCAAUGCCGCCUCUUCGUUGGAGGAUAAACACAUCUGCACCCGCGAAGAAGAAUAUGUGGAACAGAUACGUUCACCCUCAAUGCAACCGGUUAAGAUACGCACCGCCACCUGGUGUUUGGAAUUUCCACCGCGCUGUUCGAAUUACCAAACGGAAAUGCGGGAAAUUGUCAACGUGCAGAACAUCACCAAGACACGAACCAUACGUUUCUGUUGUGCCGGCUAUGAUGGGAAUUUAUCGAUAAAUGAUACCGUUUGUAAACCGGUUUGUCGCAGUGGUUGUGGUCGGGGCUAUUGUCUGAAACCCGAUGUGUGUAGCUGUGAACCGGGUUAUAUGGGAAAACAUUGUACACAGCGUUGUGAUCACGACCACUGGGGCCUGGAGUGCAAAAAUGUCUGUCAGUGCCAUAAUGGAGCCGCCUGUGAUAACAAAUCGGGGACAUGCCACUGUACCAUGGGAUGGACGGGAGAAUUCUGUGAAAAGCCCUGCCCCAAGGGCACUUAUGGCGUAAUGUGUCGCAAGGCCUGUGAAUGUGAAAACAAGCUCUGUCACCCCCAGACGGGAGCGUGUGAUUCCCCAGCACUUGACCCCACUUUGGCCCCAAAUGCCACUCAUGUUAUGAUUGCCACGCUAAAUUCCACAAUUGUUAACAUCACCCACAAUUUGGAUCGAAUUGCGAAGAAUAUUGUCAAUAUAGCCACGAGUACUACGUCGGAGCCCAUAAGCCUGCCACCCCAGAUUUUGGAAGUAACCACGGUGGCGCCAACUAUACCCGAGGUGAUUGUCAUCAAACAGGAACCCGAAGUACCUCACACCCCCAAAAUAAUAGUCCAUCAACAAGGUCAGGGACUGCUGGAUAAUUUACAUGCCGCCGCCAAGACCCCAGAGGUGAUACAUGUCAUCACUGGAUGGCCGGGACAACAGAACAAUGUUAGUCAGGAGGAAAAACUAAAUUUGGCCGGUUUUGGUGGCCACCCAACCAAGAAGGAGGAGACUCAAAAUUCCAAUGACAGCCACAAUUCGGAUCAUGAAAAUAGUCUGCUUACAACGCUUCUGAUCAUUUUACUAGUGAUUAUGUUUGGCAUUGGCAUAGGUUUGGUUUAUGUCUAUAGGCGCUAUAAUUUACAAAAGGCCCAGGUGGAGGCUGCCUUGGCUGCACGCAAUGUCAGCUUGGUGCCGAGUCCCAACUUAAAUUCCCCCAUCAUUGUUACACCGCCCACACCUCUGACGGCCUACACCAAUGAUCAACAUAUGCAGGAUUUAAAUAGCGGCGGCCACUUGCAGCCCGGCAAUACCGGAACACUGGGUAAAAGUUUUCUCAAGCCCCUGCCGGAUCUGCCAGCCUUUACCCAGAUGGUGCGCAAUAAAAUCGAGGGACCCGACUUGUAUGACUCACCCAGUAAUAGUUCCUCAAUAUCACCCGCACCCACCAUUAAUUCAUAUGCUUAUGCACGCAAGGAGUCUUUGUAUUCGGUGGUGACACCGAAGUCUCGAAAGGGUAGCAUGGAUUCCCAUCUUUACGAUGAGAUUCGAUAUCCCACAGCCAUGCAGCAUCAUCAACAUCAUCAGCAACACCACGCACAUACAAAGCCACAUCAUCAUUCCACCCAGCAUAAUGUUUAUAUACCACAGCAUCAUAGUCAGGCCCAACCUCAGCAGCAGCAGAUGCAACAGCAACACCAACAUCAGCAAUCCCAGCCGUUACAACCCAACCCGGCUCAACAACAGUUGCAAUCCCACGGCAUACAACAACAACAACAGUUGCAACAUUUUGGCUCAUUUAACCAACCACCAACUCAUGCGCAACUUCAAGCAGGCUCUCAUCACACUCACACUCUACAGCCAGGACAUGUUGCCCAGUCGCCGCCGUCUGCAGCUACCGCCACUCAUCACGUCUCGCAUUUAAUAAUUCCACCACAAAAUACAAAAUAUCUUCAAGUGCCACAACAUACUCACACACAUAAGAUCACCCAUAUAUAAGUAAACAAAUAAUUAAUGUGCAAAUAUUUAUA